CCGGGCCGAGUGCCACAGGCUCGAGUCUCUAUGGUACUGACUUCCGCCACGCUCCAUCCCUCGCGAGAUUUCAGCGGCGCAGCAAUGGCGAGACCAUGCCGCGUCACUGCUCUGCCGCCGGCUGCUGCACACGAGAUACGCGGGAGACGCGCAACCGCGGCAUUUCCUUCCACAGACUUCCCAAGAAGGACAACCCAAGGCGCGGCUUGUGGCUGGCCAAUUGCCAACGGCUGGACCCCAGCGGCCAGGGCCUGUGGGACCCGGCCUCUGAGUACAUCUACUUCUGCUCCAAACACUUCGAGGAGAACUGCUUUGAGCUGGUGGGAAUCAGUGGGUAUCACAGGCUGAAGGAAGGGGCAGUGCCUACCAUAUUUGAGUCUUUCUCCAAGUUGCGGCGGACAACCAAGACCAAGGGACACAGUUACCCCCCUGGGCCCCACGAUGUCAGCCGGCUCCGGCGAUGCAGGAAGCGUUGCUCCGAAGGCCGAGUGCCCACAGCUCCUUUUUCUACACCUCCUCCUGCUGAUGUCACCUGCUUUCCUGUGGAAGAGGCCUCAGCACCUGCCACUUUGCCUGCCUCCCCGGCUGGGAGACUGGAGCCUAGCCUUAGCAGCCCCUUCUCAGACCUUCUGGGCUCCCUAGGUGCUCAAGCAGAUGAAGCAGGUUGUAGUACCCAGCCGUCACCCGAGCGGCAGCCCUCCCCUGUCGAGCCACGGCCUGUCUCCCCUUCAGCCUACAUGUUGCGCCUGCCACCACCUGCUGGAGCCUACAUCCAGAAUGAACACAGCUACCAGGUGGGUAGUGCCCUGCUCUGGAAGCGGAGGGCUGAAGCUGCCCUUGAUGCCCUGGACAAGGCCCAGCGCCAGCUGCAGGCGUGUAAACGGCGAGAGCAGCGGCUACGGCUGCGGCUGACCAAGCUGCAACAGGAACGGGCACGGGAGAAGCGCGCACAGGCUGAUGCCCGACAGACUCUGAAGGAGCACGUGCAGGACUUCGCCAUGCAGCUGAGCAAUAGCAUGACCUAAGGGAGGGACCACCCAUCGGGGCUGUGCCCUCUUCCUCCUGCACAUCCACUGGAGAGGGACCUGGUCUGAACUGCACCCAGCACACCCACCAGAUGCCAUAAUAAAGUGGAUUCUAGGACAUGCUGCUGUCUGGCUCAGCAA